AUGCCAAACUCUCUUUAUCAUGCGAUAGCAAAGUGUCUAGCAGAGAAACUCGAGCCCCUACAGCGUCAGCUAGCACCACGGAGCUACCGAGAUACCUUUGAAUUCAUUGACGACAUCAAAGACCUUAACGUCAACGGCUUGGUGAUGUUCUCGCUAGACGUCUCAUCACUUUUUACAAACGUUCCGGUCACCGAGACAGUUGAUUACAUCUGUGAUUUUCUAUCUGCCAGUCAGCAGGAAAUAGGAAUUCCGGCGAAGACGCUCAAGGAACUACUACUAAGAUGCACAUUAACUGUGCAGUUCCUGUUCGACAACCAAAUCUAUAGACAAGUAGACGGCGUUGCUAUGGGCUCACCCUUUGGACCUUUCCUAGCAGAUGUCUACAUGGGCAAAUUAGAGAGAUUCCAACUGAGCAAUCAGAUCGAUAAGCUUAAACAUUACGGUCGCUGUGUUGAUGAUAUCUUUGCAAUUGCCACUGCAGAAACCGACGUAGCUACCCUCUUAGAUGCGGCAAACCAGGCACAUCCGUCGAUCAAAUUCACGCUGGAGAUCGAAACGGUCGGUUCGCUCCCUUUCUUAGAUGUUCUUCUAAGCAGGAGACCUGACGGGAGUGUACAAAGAAGCGUCUAUCGGAAGAAAACCUGGUCUGGACAAUACACGAACUUUGCCAGUUUCGUACCCCUCCAACAAAAACGAAAUCUAGUUCGAUGUCUGGCACAAAGAGCUAGAAAAAUUUGCUCAAAAGAUUGCAUCGAGGAGGAGAUCAGAAAAAUCCAGGACUUCCUUCGAGAAAACGGGUAUCCUGACAGGUUCAUUGCAAAGAACAUUGCCGAAAGACCGGUCAAACCAGCCACAUCGACCGCUGAAAAGAAAACUUUGUUCCUCAAAGUCCCUUUCCGAGGGGACGCGACGAGUGAACUCCUAAGGAGACGCCUUGAUCAAGCUGUCUCGCGAACCUUCCCAGCAGCAAGGGUUCAAAUAUCAUUCUCUACUAACCCUAUUUUACGCGGGGAAGGUAAGGAUAAGUUGCCACCGCAGACCACCUUAAUGUGCAUAUAUUCCUUCACUUGCUUCUGUAGAGCAGGUUAUAUUGGUCGCACGAGUCGGCGCUUAUCCAAGAGAAUACGCGAACACCUCCCGGCAUGGCUGGGAAAAGGCGAAACGAGGGGUAUAAGCAGCGCCAUGCUCGCGCAUGUGGUCGAUUCCGAACAUCGUGUGGACCCCAACGAAACUUUUUGCGUGAUUUAUAAGGUCCCAUCGAGCUACCGUAAGCUACUAGGCCAGCGCAUGUUAGAUACAGCGGAAGCGACCGCCACUAGGUUACGAAAGCCGGCCUUAUGCGCACAGAAGAACCACGUUCAGGCUCCGCGCCUACAGCGGUCGAAGGUUGACUAGCGGUGCAACUCCCCCCGCGCACUUCCGCUCUCACCCCGGCCCUGACAGUGACUACUACUACCCCCCCCCCCCGCCCUAGCCCCCUCCUCCACAGUCCCACACCCCGCCAGUGUUUUAACGAGAACUUUUAUCGAUUUCUCUUAUCGCUGACAUGUUUGACUUCUACCCCGUUUCUAUAUAACUGUACUGGCCCGAUGAGAAUUUAUCGAAAGCUACGUACGCUCGCCACCUCGUCUUCUGAUUUAUGGUUUGCUUUAAUCAUCUUGUGACACGUUUAAACAGUACGGAACUGCGUUCACAAGGCCUGGUGCUAGCGGAGACUAGUUUAGUUAUUAAACAAAUCGUUAUCGGAGCUCCAGGCCUCUAGUAGCUAGAUGCCCUUCUUCCUGGCUACCCGCGUGUGCAAUUUCGUGCCUGCAGAGUUAAGGCCAUGCCUAUCACUCAUUGCUAAUAAUCUAUUUACCCAAAUUGUUGAAUAUGCAGGGACAGGUCUAUGAUAACAGCUUAACCGUUGUGACGUGUUGUUUUUUUGAGAGUGGUUUGAUUGAAACACUUAGUUCAAUUUUGUCCUCAUUAUUUUUGAGAGUAUAAUAAUCCAACAUAAUUCAAGCGCCCAAUUACGUGCGACGAAGAGAUAUGUGCAUCAGCAUAAAUAAACAUCGCACGUUUCGCACAGAUGCACAUAUUUUUCAGCAGUCAUUAAAAACCAAAAAUUUGCUAAGUCUCCCAAAUUUUUGCCCAGAACGUUUGCUUAUUUGCGUUUUAAGGGCGUCUUGUCGAGGCAGGGCUUUCUAAACACAAUUAAUUCAGGAUCAUGCAGACACCUGCAUGUUAACUGCCAAACCAUAAUGUCAUGAUUUUAAGUAUGCCCAGAUCAAAUAAACUGAAGUAAACACUAUCAUGUAAAUGAACCAAAAAGACUACGGUUAUAGCGUGCAGGCCAUACAGCAAGUGGGUUAACUCAUGAAACGUCGACCGAAAUUCCGAAAUGUGUUUUCGUUUCGGAAAGAUUAAUUUAGUAUCGUCGUAAAACUAAUCACCGUGCAGCAUAAUUCUAUAACAAACCAGUUACUUCAGGAUGUCGGCUUCCGAACGACCUUCUUUCCGACUGCAUGCAUAAAAUCUACUCCAUGAAAAAUGACUACAUAUGCAGCAUGAAUUUUUCUCAUUGAUUUUCGAUGCCCUUAAAAAUUCAAUUAUAUUUCAUAGAAAACAUGCAUACAAAUAUUCAUUCUCCUGCUCACUCGGUAGGAAAUUACGUGUUCUUCCAAUUUUAUACUUGAAAGAAGGGUAUAAUUUGGGUUUCAAAAAGACUUUACCAAUUCCCGGAUAAGUUUGAAUCAGACCUGCCGUUACACUUGCAUUCGGGGUUUCCAAGUCACAAGUCGUCUAUUUUCUGCGUACGGAAAAUUAUACAUUUUUCUACGGUAUUAAAAGAGGGCUGCAUAGGAUUUACAAAAUUGGCAGUGGAUUAAAGUUAUAUUGUUAACUUUACAUGUCACAUUGGUAACUGCACAGACAUGAUGUUUUAUGAAGGGUCAUUUCAUGGUAUUAAAAAAAUCCCACAAAUAAAAACUUUUUUUAAACCAACGUAUACACUCCCUUCGAGUAAAGUCUUGAAAGUAGACGUAAUUUCCUACCAAAUGAGUAAGAGAGCGAAUAUUUGAUGCAUGUUUUCCAUGUAAUAUAAUUGAAUUUUUAAGAGUCUCGGAAACCGAUGGGGGAAAAGCAUGCUACAUAUGUUGCCAUUAUUCACAGAGUAUAGUUUAUGCAUGCAGUUAAAAAAAGUGCGUUAGAAAGCCGACAUACUGAGUUAACAGGUUUAUUAUAGAAUUAUGCUGUACGAUGAUUAGUUUAACAAUCCUACGCAAUUAUUCUUUUUAACUCGAAAAUGCAUUUCGGAAUUUAGGUCGACUUUUCAUGAGUUAGCCCACCUACUGUAAGUACCUCUUGGGUCGAUCCACAAAAUUACCAAGCCGAGAUGAUUUUAGCCGACAAAAGUGCAGACAGAAGAGCGUCAGUCGGUGUUGUCAAAAUAAUGCUGCAAAGAUGCUACAGCCCUACCAUUACCUUUGCGACCCAGGCUUAAAACACACGUGGAGCGCAGGAUUAGAAAAUUCGCAAGACGCCAUAUUAACCAUGCCUCUGCAAAUAGGUCUUUCAGCUUUGCUACCACUGAGAUUACCAUCUCACAAUAACUCACCCGAAGUAAAAUGUAUUCACUGAAACGCAAAAGCGGAUUCUGUUGUCCACGAUCUGGCUACAUUCUCUGAAUACGAGCGAAAUGACUUAGCACAUGUCUAGGUGGUCUUCCUCGGCGUAUCAACUACCCUCCUCCCCCAACAGGAUAUGGAACUCAAUGAGUUUCGGAGAGAUCGUGCGAUCUAAAUUUGGGCGGGAGAAACUCGAACUGCAGUUAGCACCGUCAGCCGAUGCAAUGGACAUAGACAUUGUGAUCGUCACAUCGUGCAUUUGAGGAGUCUUUGUCCCCUUUGUUUGUCCCCGAAAACUCUCUGUCAUCAAUACGCGUGAAAAGGUGACCGUAAACCUGGUCUCAUCUCUCGGCAGCUUCCCUGGACUUCUCCAGGUACAGAUCGGAGGUGGAAGAUAGGAUGGAGUGUUUCCACGCUACGUGUCUUUAUCAUAAUUAAUUCGAAGUUCUUCUGAGACCUUGUCACGUCUUAUGACCCGUAGCAUUGAAAGUUGUUGACGAAUAUACCGGGUAGAUCGCCCUCGGACUGCGGGCUGGAAUGGGAUGGCUCGUUUUUGAGUUGGGGAAGUCGUCAUCACGCACGUGACCUAUGUCCAAAAGGACUUUUGUCAGGUCAGCGAACUGACCCACGCUCGUCUUCAGUUGUUUUGACCAUUUCGUCCUUUAAAACAUAAUGGGUUUGGGGUAGAGAGGGAUUCCAAGCACCGUAGAUCGUCAAGACCAUAGUUGAAAUCACGCGCGCCGCAGCUGCCUCGUCAGACAGUGGUGGUCGUCGUCGGUUAUGACAGACGACCUACCUGGUGUCGACUUCGUCAGGCCGGAUUCUACUUCAAGGCAGCGGAUGAGCCGAACGACUACGCGCUAGAACUGAAAACCGACCAAGCUCUCUACGUGGGAUCUGUUGCGUCCUCUUCAGCGAACUCAAGCAAAAUCUUCUUUUAUUUAGGCAAGCGCAUCUCGAACAAUACAGUGACUAAAAGUUGCACGGUAUUCUCAUGUAACGAUUUUAGGACUCAUAAUCAAACAGUACGCUAUCAACUACGUAUUAUACUUCAUAUUUCAUUAAUUUCUGAAAAAUAUUUACUUGAAAGAUAUAUAGACGGGACGCUUAGAUAUGUUAUUGCGUUUAUAUGUUUUUAUUUCUUUGCUAUUUGCAUGGACUGGCCUUAUAUUCUUACAAAAACUGAGCUUACUCGUUUGACGAGAAUUUCCGCCUCUCCAACAUCGUCACUUUUCUUGAUAAAAUUGUUUUUCCUAAGCAACACAAUAUUAUUUUCAAUAUUUAUUUAGUGUUCUCAUUUAAUUUAAGAUCGGCCGUUUUUAAAUCAGCGUUUUGUUUGGUGCAGUUGGAGCGAUUUACGAUAUAUUUUAGGGAUUUUUCGUUAAUUUAGACAUAUUCCAUGGGUUGCGCCGCCUUCCACAUUUUGGAAUAAGAGGCAAUUUCGCAAAUAACUGAGGGUCGGAAAUCAAUUAGAAAUAGUGAACUGCUGAAAGUUGGAAAUGCGUUGUACAGCAUUAUAAUUGCACAUGAAGCCCCUCACUGCUCACUAUUAUCCUGACGGACAGCCUUGCUUAGAAUUACCAAGUCACUGACUCCACUGGUGUUAGAUAGCUUUAGAGGUUUCUCGCGGAAGAUUUAGUCGCUCUUUCAUGGAAGGCUAUAAAGUUACAGUUAUGGAAUUUUAGUGAGCGCUACUUUUUUGCUCGAUACCUAUUUCGGGCCGUUUUAUAUACGGAGUAUUCAGGAGAUUCUGCUACGGUUUGAUAAGAAUUCCGUGGGAUAAAUACGUCCAUUUGCUGAGAAGAUUAGUGGCUCAUCUAGGCAUAACUCUUAAUUGGGCACUGAGGGGGCGGACUCUUCAUUUUCGUUAUCGCAGUCCCAGAAUAACACAUAGUUGAGUGUCCGGAAGUAGGUGAGAGGAACCGCAACCAACAAAGAAGUAUUUCUUACUUUUUAUUUAAGACUCGUCCAAUAACGUUUUUUAUCAAUUGUUGAGUCUUCACUCGCUAACACACAAGUGCUGCUUCAACCACAAACCAUGAAGGUAUGGAGGUCUGACAAAUAGCGCUGCAAAACGUUCACCUAGAGGGGUGUUUUUAUUCAGAGACAGGGUUCUGCCGAACAAAUGUCCAUCUAACUAUUUAGAUGACAGUCUGUCUCUGCUUCUAUAUUUCCUUCUACCAGCAGGCAUUUGAUCAACCUAUUGACGCGUUAAGUGUUACUGUCGCCAUGUGAGACUGCAAAGCAGACAAAAUGGAAGCCAAAGCAAUGGUGGGUUAAACAGUAUGCAUGGGAAGUGAUUUUCAAGCCCAAAAUUGUGUUGGUAUCCGUUGAAAGAAAAUAGAUGAAUUUCUGUAGGAACGGAAGAAUUGAUCAAUUACGACAGUCUUUUUGGGAUACAGAUUCUGAUUUUGACGUUUAACGUAAUUGCAGUUUUAAGUCCCUGUUGCAUUCACUUCAUGAAGGCCCUGCUUAUGCAGCAGCCUGCCUAGUUACGGGUGCUGUCAUUGUUAAAUCCAACAGCCAACUCUUAGUACAUUAUCCUGUUUUUAGUUCACUGCAUCGUGGCCGCUUUCCAGCAUGAAAUAAGCAAGUGCAAGUUAGAAUCGUCCUGAAUUUUCUCCCGAUCAUAUUUGUUUCGUGCUAAAAUCCGAGUGUUUAACCCAACCUUUCACAUUAUCUUACAACAAAUAAAAGAGAUUUCGAUCCCAGUAAACAAUAGUUUCGUCGUGCGACGAAUCGAAUUUGUUGCUCUAGUUUUGUGAUUACAAUGGUAGCGGAUCCUGAAUAUUUUUGACGGUGCAGAUGUCUAUAUUGAAAAAAAGUCUGCCACCAUGUCCUGUUUGAGCACUUUUUAUGGAGAUUUGUGCGAAAGAUUCUAUUCUUAGAAUCGUGACAUUAACGCAAACAAAAUUCAAAAAGGACAGCCACCAGCGUUAGAAGAUUGCAGUUGAAGCAGGCGUGCAUUUAUAGUCAUUCCGCGAUCUUUAAAGAAAAAUGAAGACGCAGCCGACCCAAGUACAAGGACUACUUAAAAAGCAAUUGACAUGAUUAAUACAUAGUUAAGACGUAUCGAUUGGAACGGACAACUGACUGACAACGAGGAAAUCAACUGCGUACAUUUUUUAUAAAUAAAUGCCAAAAGUGUCAGUAGAUUUUCCGAAAACACAUUUGUGAGAGGACCGCUAACUGCCAAUAAGGAGUGCAUAAUGACUCCAAUUUCUCAAUGCUUAAAACCACGAACGCACUCACUGUGAACUUACACGCUUGAUGAAUAAUCUGUGUAAUUGGAAGGUGGUACAGGAAAAUAGCAGUCCUUCACAUAGCAACAUAUCUGUUUAUUUUGCCUUACCUGAGGAAGUUUGCCAUCUUUUCAUAUUUGCCUAACAGGAGGUCUAAUGUAUGUUUUGAAGCAAGCAGCUUGUUUUUCUCAAACUCGCAUCAUCUUUUAGGAGCAAGGGAUAUUGGAAUAGAGAGUCCAGUUUAAGGUUGUCAAAAAGGCUCCACGCAAGUGUAUCGUCUCAACAAAGCAUUUUAUUCUGCAUCCCACAAAGUAAUAUAUUACUUAGCACCCUGUAGGGAGUUCUACAAGUUUGUUUCCACACUUGGCGUACUAAAACAAAAAAGUCGAAAGAUUUCAGGAAUUGUUCUUAGAGACCAUCCGCAAGUAAAUCUGUAAAACCUUAAUGUGUGGUGCGUAAUUUGGAAAAAUAAGGUACCAAAACAGUGAAAGUGCAAUAUUUACGAGUAUGGAGAAAACGAAGGAAAAAUAUUUAAUUCGUAAUUAAAACACUCAUAUGAUGUUAAGUUUUCUCUAGCCAAUAAUGAAAACCUUGAUGAAACAAAGUCGCACAGGACUUAGGCGUGGUGGUGCGCCUACGUGAGGGUUCACGCCGAGCCAGCCACAUACGCUCGGUCCCGCUUCCGGUCUGCUAUUAAAAAGAUCAUUACCCAUGAAAAUUUAUCGGCCUGAUGAUGAGUUACUGAAAACAUAUGUUUUCCAACUGACUUUCCAACAGCAUACAUGAACAUCAAUUAGGAUGAACAAACGCAACCAACUAUUCCAAGUGACCAUACAUACACUGGAUACUGGGUACAAAAUUGCCCGGUAGGACACUCACAUUGUUGGCACCUGCCCCAUAAGGUAUCAGCAGGCUUUUCUUGACAUGGACUGUUGGGAAUGCAGCAACAAAGGCAGUGUGUGCGCGUGCGCACCUGGACACGUAAAUUUAUGCUUGAUGGUCAAACAUUUGCACGAUAUCAAUGACUAGCAUAACUGCUGUGUAAAUAUCCGCAUGUUUUUUUUCAAACUUCUAUCUAUAAAUAGGGUUUUCCAAGAUUCUGCCUCUAUCCCUCAUAUAUACUGAAUUAUACUGAACCUACUGCAACGUCUGGAAUCCACCAAAUCUGAUACAGUAAGUUAACUAUCCAAGAAGGAUUUCCUGAAUAGUUCACCUAGAAUCCACCAGAUAACUUCCAGGCUCACGCAAUUCAUAGAUGUUUUGGGAGAUUUCUGAAUAAUUCCUAUUGACACAGCUGUGAAAAACGCGGCGUCUCAGUGGGAUUAGAAAGCACGACAGUAAGAGGAGGACUUUAGUACAGCCAACGCUCUAACCACGUGAACUACGAGGCCCCGCCGGACGACGCGAGUUUAGUCACAUUUGCUUAAAUGGACCCAAGGCGCCGAGGUUUUCACAGUUGAGUCAAUAUAAAUGAUCCAAUUUUGUCCGUCCGCCAGCUUGCUACUGGUGACAACGAACUUAUUGUCGUAGGACACGUACCACAUGUAAUACGUAAUCAGCUCACUAAAAAUGCAACAUGCUAGACGCAGACAGUUGUUUCACAGUCAUUACCGAUCACCACUACGUCAUAGGCCAUAUGUGUCCUAUGACACAAUGUUCGUUGUCGCCAGUGGCAAGCUUGAAGGCGAAAAGAAUUGGAUCGAGUGAAUUUCUAAACACAAUAGUGAGGACAACACACUCAUGAAACGUUUGUAUAUCUCACUUAAUAUGUCCUUUGACGUACUAAUGACCGGUAAUGACCGCGUAACAGCUGUCUGCGUCUAGCUCGUUCACUCUUAGCGAGCCGCUUACGCAAUAUAUGUACAUACAUAUAUACACUGAUUGUCUUAGACUCGAAUGUUUAUUGAAAUUUCGGGUCUGACCAAAUAAGCUAUGUCCCGGAGACUGAACUCCAUGUCCUGCACUGAAUAAUUUCUAAAAUUAUUCACUCGAUAUAUACAUGAAUUGAAAGGAGGGUAUCACAAGAAAUUUGACUAGAAGGAUCAGAUUCCUUGAUGAACUGUAAGUCUUGUUGUGCACCCUUUCGAAACUGGUCCCUCAGUUUGUCAUCAGGCUACGGGUGUCCAAAAAACAAGUAAUUUCUUAACCGCGUCCAAAAGAGAUUCUACGAUUGGUUGGCGUCUGUGUCAACACGUGUUAAUGAAUUUUGUCACCUCGUCAGAAAUGGUUACGGCGAUUUGUAUUUGUUCGUAAUAAUUGUGUAUGUGGCACCCAGAUCAAUGUUUCAUUUGAUGCAUGCCUCAUCUGAGUUCAUUGCUCCAGUUUUACCUUAUGGGGCAGAUGCCAACAAUGUGAGUGUCUUACCAGGCAAAUUUGUACCCAGUAUCCAGUGUGUGCAUGGUCACUCGGAAUAGAUGGUUGCGUUUAUUCAUCCUAAUUGAUGUUCAUGUAUGCUGUUGGAAAGUCAGUUGGCAAACAUAUGUUUUCAGUAACUCAUCAUCAGGCCGAUAAAUUUACAUGCGUAAUGAUCUUUUUAAUUGUGGACAGAAUAUAAAUGUGUCUAAGAGGGUAGGGUUAGUCAGACGCCAUGUUCCUACGCCGCCCGCAUGACGGAAUCAGCGUGUUGAAGACGGUGGACUCCGGGUGGGAGGACGGAGGGAGAGGGGUUCCAGUUAGGUUGUAAGCUCUGUCAGUAUGUUAAACACGCGGAGUGAGGUUGACCGUUCUCUGGGCGUCGGGACGGCUUGCGAGCACCACCUGGAGUUGGCCAAGGAAGACAGGCUCCUUGUGCCAACGCCUUCUGACAACAGGGUAUUGGGUUAGCUAAUCGAAUGGUCACUGUUUCGGCUAUGGCUAUCACUCGUUUGCGCAGGCCUUUAAAAUAGUGUGCCGGCGCCCGGUAGCUAACUGUAAUAUCCGGGUUACCUGUCGGUUUAGCCUCGUCUAGGUCAAUGUCCUCAGAAGGUGUUUGGCGUUGAUCGUCAAUGGGGGCGACUGUAAACAUGUUCAUUUCUGAGUUUUCUCGCAAGAAGAUCGUACACAAUCAAACACGCGGAAUCCAACAGGCAAUACUGAACUCAAAUCGUCAACGACUGAAUGUUUAUAAAAUAGGGAUCUGAAGAGCGGGCGAAUCGCACAUUACUCGGUCAAGGGGGGAAGACAAUGGAGAAGUAAACGAGAAGUAGAGGAGAAAUCUUCCUCAAGUUUAUCCUUUGUCUGGUCGGGAUGUCGGCAUGCGUAAUUCUUCAAUCGGCGCGUCCGAUUCGUGUUUGGUCACUCUUGCUUCAAAGAAAGCGGAAUGUCGUUCAGGGAGACGUUACCAAAAAAGUAAAACAAUCCUAAUUCAAAAUACUAGUUCUUUACAUACCAUUAAAGGCUUCUUAAGCGUCGGCUUAGUGACUAGUAUCGAUUAGGUGUGCGAGAAUUAUACGUGAAAUCGCUCGACUUUUCUCUCUACCUAGUCAGGCAGGCAUGUGUUCGCAUAUUCUCCAAGAUAAGUUAAUAUUCUGUCCACAAUCAAAAAGAUCAUCAACCAUGUAAAUGUACUGGCCUGAUGAUAAGUUACUGAAAGCAUAUAUUUGUCAGCUGACUUUUCAGUUUUUAUAUGGGAAUUUUCAUGUAUGCGGAUUAAGACGGAUUGCCCAGUUUGGUCACAAGAGACGGCAUCACAACUGGCACCUGGGAUUUUGUAGCCAACACCUUGCCUAUAGAGUUAACCAAUCCCGUUCUAAGAAUGUAAAAGGUGUGUGCGCAAGGCAGUUGAUGGCCGGUGUGCUAUGUGUAUCUAAUUUUUUAGCUGCCUUUCGGCUAGUUUAGAACAGUUUUCACCUAUGGGAGAGCUGGCCAGGUAUUUGGUUUUGGUGCCCGGGCGGCCGUGGCAUUGGAAAUACCUCCACCUUGAAUUGCUGGCGCCUCAGGAAUUGACGUACAAAGUCAUGCAAAUAUUCAUUUUGGAAACGUAGUUUGUAGAGGUAUUUCAUUCCUGCUCGAUAACUUGCUUCACCGGAGCAGUGAAUUUUGGCUUGAUUCAGAAGGUUGUAGACUGUAUUCCGCUUGUCAGAAACAGGAUGAUUAUUCUCAAAAUGCAGGACGACCUCUAAAUAAGUCUCCUUGUCAAAACACUAGUGUGUGAACUGGUCCAUCAGUUGGUGUCUAACCAAUAGGGGAAGGUCGCAUAUUCCUGAAUGCAAUGCACUCAGAUGAGGCAUGCAUCAAAUGGCACAUCGAUCUAGGUGCCACAUACACAAUCAUUACGAACAGAUACAGACCGCCGUAACCCAUUCUGAAGAAGUGACAAAAUUCCAUUAACACGUGUCUGUACAGACCUCAACUACUCGUAGAAUCUUUUUUGGACACGGUUAAGGAAUUAAUUGUUUUUGGACACCCGUAGCCUGAUGACGAACUGGAGGACUAGUUUUGGAAAUUUGCACAAUAUGAUUUACAGUUCCCCACGGAAUUUCAUUUUCCUAAACAUAUAUAUAUAUGUUAGGAAAUCAUGGGAUUCUUUAGGACAAAUUAAACUUUGAUUGAGAAGUCUCGGGGGUUGGUCCUCCAGCUCUUCUUCAGACUAUGGGUGGUGUACAAAGGCACCUAAGUAAGCAUUCUACGAUUAGCCAACGCCUGUACAUUUUAAUUGCAACUCGUCAUCUAUUCGAGAUUGACUGUGUUUCUUUGAAUUUUUCCUUGAAGAUUUUGUAUGUGGCAUCUAGAUAGAUGUGUCGAUGGAUGCAUGUCUCGCCUGAGUGCUUUGCCACUAGAAAUUCCGUCCUAACUUACGAGGUAGGUGCCAGCAAUGCGAGUGUCCUACCGUGCAAAUUGGUACCCAGUAUCCAGUGUGUGUAUGGUCACUUAGACUAGAUGGUCGUCUUCCUUCACCGCUAACUGAUGUUCAUGUAUACGGGCUGGGACAGAUUUACAAAUUUGGUCACGAUAGGGGACAUCACAACGGGUACAUGUGAUUUUGUUGGUGACACAUUUUCGAUCGAGUUAGCCAACCCUUAGAGUGUGCGGGCUGCGUGCGUGGGGUAGUUGCCGGUUGGUGUACCGCGUGUAUCUGAUGUUGUAUUUUUCCACAGAAUUUCGUCACUGCCUCAUCAAAUCUCUCGGAAUGACCAUUUUUCAAAACGUACGUAUGUAUAUUUAUUUACAUGAAUAUGCCUGUUUAACACGGCAUCCUGUUUCGUGAUGAAAACGUUCUCUCGUCAACUAUUUCUUGGCACUUACUGCAUACGGGUUGUAAAAUCCUACGCCUGAGGUGUCGCUGUCAUGGUAUUAUUUCCAACUCUCCAUUCGGUUACGCCCUCCUUUGGACACUGAACGUUCAUGUACCCGAAUUGCCAAUUAUAACCCAUAAAUUUCGAUGCAAUCUCCUUUAACUGGACAUAAUGAUGCGCAGAUGCAUGACAUGCACAGGGAUACAGCUCAAUGAACGUCACUGGUUUCCCUGCUUUCGAUUCGACAACCCUGGAUAGACAGAAGACUGUAACUGACUUCACAGCGUAUAAAUAGUCAUCCAGGUGCGAUGCCUAGUCAGAGAUCGCGUAUGCUGGGGGCUAAAUAGCCCGUUGAUAGACUCCGGAGCAUAAACGUACACAUAUGUGAACACUGGACAACAAAUCAGACGGCUAGCCUGAAGCGUCGGUCUAUUGGUAGGAAAAUUAAUUCCAUGACAGUUCACCUAUGUAGUCAGUGCAGUUGUGGCGAAGUAAAUCGCGUGCGCCCGGACGAAAUACAUUGUGCGUGUGCACAUUUCAGUGUGUGCAGGUGCGCACACGCACACACACACUGCCUUUGUUUCUGCAGUCCCUACGGAGGUUGAAGGCUUCAUCUUCAACCCUCCAAACGCCCGUGUCAAGAAAACCCUGGUGAUUCACAUGGAAACAGCAAACACUCUGACCCAAGUGAGGCACACGAAUUUUUUUGAACAUUGGUUGCCGAAAAUUCCCGCAUCUUCUGAGCGCCGGGAGGGAUGAUGCAGAUUUUGAGUGGCGUUCAUUUGACAGGAUGAAUGUCAAAUGGACCAGAAGACUGUUCUAAGAAUAUUAUAUUUUCCUUGCCCUACCUAAUAUCGUAACUUCAGCCUAAAGUAUAUCUUUGUGCUUUAUUGCGCACUCGAUAAUAUGUCAAAAAGGUAAUUCCCUACAAUGCAGAAGCCCUUACAGCCUCAAAGUGCAUUAGGAGCUCUGGUUAAGGAGGUGCGUCUUGUUAACGACUGUCGUAAAGUAGCCUAUAAGACAGAUUUUCUUCGGUGGGAACUUUUCAAUAUGCUGCAUGAUUUACAGAGUUAUUUAGGACGAUGCAUAUGAAGGGCCAACAGAUCAUUUAAAUGCGAAGAAGGAGGUACGAUAGCUGGAAAAAGAGCUUUAUUUGCCUGACGUUUUGGAUUCCCACUCAGCUCCAUCAUCAGAGACAGAGUCAGAUAAGGGUGGUAAAUCACUCAGGUGAUGCAGUAUUUAUAGGGUGUAGUCGCUAGGCUGCUACAUGCCUAUCACAGUUGGCAGCUCCCGAGUGCAUCACGGCCCGACUGGCCAGGUGUUGAAGUUGGAAGUUGCCAUGUAGUUGCUAUGCGCUUCCGUGCCGGUCAAGAUUAUCGACUCCCACGCUCCUCGCACGCAGUCGAAUUGCUGACUGCCGGAUUUCGUCAUUCGGAUGAUGGUGGAUUCGAGUGAGAAUCCGAAACUUCAGGCUAACAAAGCUCUUAUUCCAACGAUUUCGCCUCCAUCUUCUCGACUACUUCCUGGAACUUGCCUCUUCGCUUCUACUAGCACAUCGUUUAAAGGCUUCGCAUAUGAGACAAAGUGCUUUAUCAGGGACGCCGGAAAAUGGGUGUUGAUACGGUAACUGCAAAAUUGUAAUAAUAAUGCAUUUUCGCAAAAUAUGUAUGGAAAUAAAAAUAUCAAAAUCAUGCGAGAGAGAUAGCAAAUAAUCUUGUGUCACGCGUAAAUUAACUAUUAAAAAUACAGUCUCCUAAACAAAGGCAAAUUAUUUCCUAGGUUUUAGACAUAAACCCCACCCCGUGCUAGGGCAGAGAUAACACUGGCUCAGCGUAUCCCUAAAGAACUCGAUGAAAAUAAUCUUCAAAAAGGUUGAAAAUCAUGGUCUUAUGUUUUCAACUUUUGCGCAUAGCCACAACCUUACGUUAUUUUGCAUGAUGAUGCAUUUAGAGGUAAGCAAAGGCUUCCCGUGUAUUAGUAUAUAUUCCAAACAACGUAUAACGAUUCAUAGUAGAUCGACGUUGCAAUUUGAUAAAAGUUGCUGUUUGGCUACUUACCAACCUGCCUCAAGCAAUGGCAAGUGACUAGCUUCCACGCAGUGAUCUUUCGUGCCUUUCAGCUGUUGCUCUCCUUCAUCCCUAUGCUAAUGUAUGAUGGUUUUUUUCAGAAGCAAUAACGUACAGGGAAAAGGAAGACUAGAAGGACCAUUUUUGCUUUAGUGGGCGUCAUCAGCCAGUCGUAGCCUGACCCCAGCCCUGAAUACGGGAAGUUUCAGACCUGGAUUUUAUGGCAUUGCGCAAUAAAUUCUAGCGCCAGGCCACUGAUCCAAGGCUAAGUUGGAUUUUCGUUUGCGACCAGGGAGUAAUAAUUAUUCUGAAAGUGACUCCUCAACGAUUUGGUUGUAAAAGGAAACGAGAAACAAUGCAGGCGAAAUGCCGACAAAACCAAGGGAGGCUGGAAUGGCCGGAUUCGACUUAUUAGCUGUCAUCAGAUAACAGGGACUCCACACAAAAGUCGAAGUCAGUGGAACGAGCACAUUCCGCCCGGCAGUCAGAAAAUCGGAGCGCUAAUCUCAUUGUAAUUGGGCGCUUAUUAGCAUCUUGGCACAUAUAUCCUAACGAGCGAUUAUCGGUUUAGACCUUCUGGCAAAAUCAUAAGGAAAUAAUUGGAUAACCUUCAAAAAUGUGCUUAUGGCAUAGUAUUCAAAAGAAAAUUGAUAUGCAUUUAAAUCACAAAAAAUUAAGCAUACGCUUGAUACAGUCGCUGUUAACAGAAAAAAAGAAUCACGAUUUGCAAGUAAACGAGAAAGGUAGAAACGAAUAACUAUUGAGAAAGAUCUCGACUCAAAUGGAUUUGCUCUCCAAAAUAAACUUGCACGUAGAUUUCUUUCGUGUAACAUGCGCCUGAAAGGAAAGGUUGAGUUGCAGAAAUCAAAACAACCAGGCUGAAAUUUUCCAUAGCUUUAAUGAAAUUGGGAGCUUCCAUCAAGCAUUUCUUUAAAGGAGCUUGCUUAACAUUUUCCUGACUCAUACGAUUCUUCUCAAGGAAAGCAGGGAUAUGUCCGUUGAACAUUUCCUGAACUUGUUAAAAAAUGUUUGCAUUUCACCUGGAUACAUCUUUAAGACAACAUUGCACUGCAAAGUUUAUUGAUUUCCAAUUCUGCUCCGAAAACCAUGUCAGGCUAAUUUACCUAUGCCAGAUGUCAAAAGGUAAGCCUUACAUCUGUACGGUAGGCGAACGUGCAACUGGAUGGUAACAAGUGUGACAUUAGUUUAUCCUACUGAGAAGGAAAAUUCGAGGGCUGGAAUGAAUCAAGUGCAGCAGUUGCAGCUCUUACGGGACAGAAUUCUAAUUAAAAAUCGGGCAGUCCAAGAUUGUCUACUUCCGCACUUUGGUCGAGAACCUAAACAAAGAAUGCUUUAUUUAGUGGCUAUAAAAGCUCUGUGCGGGCAUUCAUGCCAUCUUAAAGGUGGCAAAGGUAAUGCCCAUCGUAGUUCGACGCUGGGAAUAGUAUGGUUGCACCUUGGUGGAAGAAACUUCCUAGGAGACUAAUUAUAUGCUUGGCGAGCACAUAGGAGCAACGCUUGCUUGCAACUUAUCUGUAGUAGCAUUACGGCGACUUCAUUACCUUCACAAUAUUCUUUCUGAAACGUUCUUUCAUGCGAAAAGACCCCAUAACAAUGGCCAAAGACACCACCAAUAAAAUAAACCAGGGCAAAUAUAAUAAUGAUAUUUGGCGACAGCUGGAAGGUGCCAAUGAGGAUCGUGGUGAAUUUCAAUCAAGUAAGUCACUACUCAGCUUUGUUUGUCUAACAUCUAGUUGGGUAGGCACCGUUCUCCGGGCGCUGGCAGCUGCUGGACUACCUUCUUAUCAGAAGGAAAAAUCAGCCGGACGUGUUUGUGACUAAGGCAAUCUGUGACGCCGACGGCUGGACUGAUCACAACCUCGUCCUCUCUAAGAACAGGCUCCGACUGUAAUCUAGCAGAAGACCACAGAGUAAGCGGUCGCCAAGCCAGUUAAGUACUGUUCUGUUAAAUUUGCCUGCCCAUCGCUUCCAUUUUGAAUAAAGUUGUCCCAGCGACUGGUUAAUCUGCAGGCUCGGGCGUUAACGUCACAGUGGAGACACCGUGGUGUCAAAUGAGGGGCCUUAUCAAUUCCGCCAUCCUCGAGGUCCUCGGUCGGGCACGUCAUCAACAUCAGAACUGGUUUGAUGGCAAUGAGUCUUCUACAACAAUGCCAUUAGGGGUACUCGCUGACAGGGCGGACAAUUGCGACCACGCAGACCUUCCUCACGGAUGCACAAAUAAAUACGGCGACUAGAGAGAACGUCGCUAAAGUCAGACAGGCAUUGGCGGAAACGGUGAAGACUAGAGCAGCAACCUAUGAAACCGACUGGAUCGCCGAUACCAAGGCCGCAAGUGCAAUUCGCAGGUCUCAGGCACCUUUGACCCACAACACCCAUACUCAAUCCCUCCAACAUGACCACGCUGCCAACGAACGUUCUGCGCACGGACUGACCUCAUUGGAUACCUUCGGAUCCAGGACAUCAACAGCCCGAUAUCUCCACCUGCUACCUCCGCAAACUCCCCCAUCAUUCAACUAGCAAAAAUUAAUACGUCGGAAACUACCGCCACCACUGGUGCCUCCAGGUAUCACGCUUCGAAUGCCCUUUCGCCAUCGAUCACCGCCAACCACAUCACCCCUGCCACAUCCACUGCGGCGACAACGACAACUACUAUCUCUCAUACUCUCGCCACCGAUGAGAACACUCUUGACUUCCCCCUAACCGUUACACUCACCAUCACCGGCAAUAUGGACUCAAUCCCAGCCUGUGCUCAUCGUGGUGGCAUAUUCACCAUACGCAUCGGUCUGGUCCAUCACUCGUGA